AUUGCAGAUGAUGACUUUUUUCCCUCCACAGGCCGGAUUUCUUUCACUUUCCAAGGCUAAUCGCCUCAUCUGUCUGCCACUCGGACAUGGGUGUAUGUGCCAUCACGACCAUCUCUCCUCACCUCCUGCGGUCCGUGAUGGACAUGAUGGAUGUGAGGUCCUUUUGCUCCGUUCAGCUCCUCCAUUUACCCCUGAUGUUACUUGGAUUACCUACACUCUCUGCAUCAUGUCAGCAUUUGGAUUUCUUGCAGGGCCGUCAGCCCCAAGCCACUACUCUCUUUCAGGCUGCUGGUCUUCCAUGUACCGGCGCGCGAGUGUGCUUUGGGCGGCAAUGAUGUUUCUCAUACAUAUUAUCGCCAGUGCCAAACGCUUCAGGAGCUUUGCUCAUCUAUUCAUUGAUAUGCGGCACAUACGUUACCCCGUCAUCGCUUAGCCUUGCCUUAUUUUGACUCCUCCGUCAUGAAUAGUGUAUCUUCCAAGCGUGCUUCUGGCCAGUCGUGAGUGACCCGUUUCUCGUUGUUGAUUUUGCUUUACCUUUUGGUACCUUGACAUGGGCACCGGUCUCCGUUCUGAUAAGAUAUGGCUGUUAGUGGGAAUGAACCUCCGCAGUCUUCUCCUGGGGCUCCAGAACUUGUGUUUAUUGUCCAAAACAAACCAGAGAAAUUUUCCAAGCAGACGUCAACUCAAAUACGGAAGCAUGUUAUGAAAGAUAUCGGAAAAUCGAGGAGGAAAGACAGGCGUAAUCGACAAGUCAGCCUAGAACUUCCUGAAAGCAUCGAAGAAGCCAGUAGUGGCUCUGAGUCAAUGUUGCCUUUCAGGCUAUCUACAGGUCAGCCAGGGACGUUCCAGAAUUUUGUGUUCGAAGACGAUGGCCCGGAUUCCCUCGAAAAUGCGGAAGUCAUUUCGUGUACUUCAUUCAAUCUGCAAGACUAUGCUCUGGAAUUCCAGCCCUCUGGUUCCCAGCACGUGGCUCCCGAGUACCUGCAGCAAUCUUACCAGGGAUGCGCAUACGACAUCCGAGACUCCCGGAGUGUUGCACAAUCUCCUUCUAAUAUUGAGAGACCUGGAUCUGGAAAAAGAGAACUAUUUGGGCGUUGUCCAGUGCCUUCAAAAAGACAAGUACGAGAAAUGCUAGAUGAAGGGCCAUGGAGAGAUGCUUGUCUUCCUGUUGGGACGCUUGGCCCCGCUGCCUUUCAUCAAAUGCUCUCUAAUGCGCUGUUAGAUAUUGGAUUUCGCCAACCGACAUGCACCCCUUGGGACGGUUGUGAAUCUAUGGAGCGCCACAUAAUGGCUGUCAAGAUCAUUAAAGAAGCAAUGUCAUAUCCAGUAGUGGCAACUUCUGAUGCAUUUAUUGGCGCCAUUGUCGGUUUGACCUGUUAUCAUUGCCACUCCGGAAACCAUGACGCGUGGAAAAUACAUAUGAACGGGCUUGAACAGGUUGUCCGUCUUCGAGGUGGGAUCCACACCUUGGAUUCGAACAAGCGUGUAAGAACAUUACUCGGAUGGUCUGAUAUUACAGGAUCUUCAGUCGAAGAUCUCCCACCCCGAUUCACUCUUCCUCCAUUCAUUCCGGAUACCGACACUCUCCAGCCUUGUCCUACUAUAUCAACAAAUCAAGAACACAUAGUUGCCGUAUGGCUCCUACGAUUCACUAGCCACAUUAGUCUCCUAAACUUAAUGAACCAUCUACAAAAUCUAAACUAUCACCUCCAACACGAAGCGCAGAACCCCGAUCGAAAGAUAUUUGAUGAUGGCGACUUCGCAACCGCUUACCUUUUCCCUCUGAUUCAUCAAUGUCUAAGCCUAUCAGGAAACGCCAUCCUAGCCGACGAACACGACGCGAACAUUCUCCAAUCUGUGCGCAUAUCCUGCCUCCUCUACACAGCCGAAGUUAGACGUCGCUUCGGCAUCGACAGCGUCGUAACCAGAUUGCCCAUCCACAACUUGAGACUCUAUCUGCAGAAUAGUACGCAAGACUGGGGAGAGUUAGGUAUGCUACGACUGUGGUGUCUCGCCAUAGGCGGCAUGGAAAGCGAAGGUGCGGAUCGGGCAUGGUUUGCAGCUGAAGUUGCUAGAGAGGGCGCUGAAUUGGGAUAUCCUAUGUGGCAUGAUUUGGAGACGAAAAUGGAGCAGAUGAUCUGGUUUACUGAUGCCCAUAGACCAAGGUUCUGGUCCUUGUAUCAUGGUUUUGAUGAUUCGCUUCCCAGCUCGGAAUGUUCUGGCGUGGGUGAUGCUCAGAAUCAAUACCCUGAGCCAUCUGGUCCAGAGCAUUUCGGAGGUCACACCUACUCUAAUAUUGGAUGGUGAUGUUCGAAAUAGGCAUUUAGAAGGUUUCAAUCAUCAGAGUGUACGUUGUAGCAUUGGUUGGGGCAUAUAGACAGGAUCUUGUUCUGAAUCCUUACGGGCGGAUCAUAAGUAAACAAUUGGAAACGAAUAGGGGUGCCGCUAAGCGGUAAGCGAACACCAAGAAUUCACAACUUGUGACAUUGCGAGGUGAUCAGCACACUGGAGAUUUGAAGUAGCAAAAAAAUUGUGGAUUC